ACAGAUGGCUCAGGUGAACAGCUGACCGCCGCUUCCGGAUCGGGAAUUUUUGACAUAUUUACGCUAGUUGUGGCUAGAGGAAGGCUUAUUCACACAAAAAAUCAAAAAAUGGUUGCUCGUUACCUUCUAAGAUUCGGCCUUCUGAGUGGGGGAGCUGUUGUUGCCUACAAUGGAGAAGAGGUCCAGACAGCAGCUGUAGGUGGUGUGAGAUUUGGCAGAGCUGCAGUUGCAGUGGUGAAAAUUGUGUCAGAUUACCGAAAGACGCUUUAUUCGGGAACAAUAACUCCAGAUUCGCCUGAAUAUGCUGAAGUAAAAUCACAGACACAUUUGCGUGCAGCUAACAGGCUGCUUGAUCUCUGUUGUGCUAAUGGUGGAGCCUUUGUAAAGGUGGGUCAACAUAUUGGUUCACUAGAGUAUCUGUUGCCAACAGAAUAUGUGGAGACAAUGAAAGUCCUUCACUCUAGUGCCCCAGAGUCACCACUUGAAAAGGUCUAUCAAGUUUUACGUGAAGAAUUAAAAUGUGAGCCUAAAGAAUUAUUUGUUGAAUUUGACCCCAACCCCUUAGGAGCGGCAUCCCUGGCCCAAGUUCACAGAGCAAAGUUAACUGAUGGGAGAGAAGUGGCAGUCAAAGUGCAACACCCAAGUGUCAAGGCACAUGCUGAUAUUGAUAUGAAGGGAAUGGAGUUACUUGUCAAUGUAGUUGCCCAAAUCUUCCCUGACUUCAGUUUUAAGUGGCUGGUGGAUGAAAUGAAGAAGAACUUGCCCAAAGAGCUUGACUUCUGUUAUGAAGCAAGAAAUGCUGAGGAAGUAGCCAGACAGUUUUAUCACUUCCCAUGGCUGAAGAUUCCGAGUAUAGACUGGAGCUUAACAACAUCACGAGUUCUGGUUAUGGAGUUCUGCCAAGGGGGUCAAGUCAAUGACCGUAACUACAUGACAGAGCAUGGCAUCAAUACCAGAGAAGUCUCAGAAAAGAUCAGCAAACUAUACUCUGAAAUGAUCUUUGUAAAUGGUUAUGUGCACUGUGACCCUCAUCCCGGCAAUGUGCUGGUGAAAAAAAAUGGAAACUCUGCUGAAAUUAUCCUCCUGGAUCAUGGUCUCUAUACAAAUUUAACCAAUGACUUUAGAGUAACAUACAGUAAGUUCUGGUUAAGCAUUUUGAAUGCAGACCUGAAGGAAGUACAAAAGUAUGGAGAGCAACUUGGUGUUGGAGAACUGUUUGGCUUAUUUGCCUGCAUGGUUACUGCUCGUUCAUGGGACUCAAUAUCCAAGGGGAUCGACAAAAAGGAGAGGUCUUCGGGCGAGCAAGAUGAGAUUAAGGCAGAUGCUGCUAAAUACUUGCCAGAAAUAUCAGCUGUAUUGAAUCGAGUCCCACGACAGAUGCUGCUAAUCUUCAAGACAAAUGACUUACUAAGGGGCAUUGAAUUUUCCCUCAAUACUCAAGAAAGCAUGACAUCAUUCAUAACCAUGUCACGAUGCUGCAUCAGGUCACUUUAUGAACAACAGAGAUUGCUAUGCAAUUCCUUCCUAUGCAAGAGUAAAAUCACCAUUGAAGAGACUUGGGCCCAAUUUCGGAUCUCGGUCUACACCAUUUAUUUAUGGUACUUGCAUUCAAGACUUGGUAAAUAUCUUAAUAUGCAAGUGGACUGAACAGAUGAUAAUAGUGCAACUUCUGUCAUCAUUGUUAUUGUUAUGUAAAUAUUUUAUUAUUGCACAAAAAAUGUCUGUUGGUUUGGUUUUAAAUAUUUUUUUAGUAUAUUUAUUUAUAAAAUUAAAAUGGUGCAUUUACAGUUUUAUGCAUGUACAGAUAUGUAUGUAUAUAAAUAUAUAUAUGCUGUAAUAUAUUGGUUUGAAUUAAAGUAAUAAUGUUGGUAAUACUGUUUUCAUUAUCCUUUGUGAAUAGAAAGAAAGCAACAUGAAUAAUAAUCUUGUCUUUUAAUUUCGAAGCAAGGGAUAAGACAUCCCCCCCCCCCCAAAAAAAAAAAAAAAAAAGGUUACUGAAUGCUAUUUACCAAUUCACAUAAUGUGAUCUUUAGAAAGAGAUAUCUCCAUAUUAUAGAAUUUUUUUUGGUAGAACGUUUUUGCUUUUUAUCAUCAUUUAGCUUUACCAAUUAUGGAUUAAGAGAAAUACUGUUGAGAAAAAGAAAAAAAAAAAAAAAAAAAAAAACACUUUGUAUGAAGGAGAUUUAAUCACAACAGCAACUUCCUACACACCAUUUUAAUAGCUUUGUAUUAUUUGUAUUUUUAACAAUUGGCAGAUGACUUAUUAAGUGGCUAUUUAUUAAGUUGUGUUGAGAAUUUUUUUUUUUUUUUUUUAUAUCUUGUAAUGGAUAAACAAUAAUAAUACAUGUAGGUAUAUGAGAAUUAUAUAUUGCAAAAAUAAAGAUCACAGAAAUGAGAUAUGAAAUGUGAAAUAUAUACACAAUAUUUUUGUGUGUAUCCAUUUGCAAAGAAUACUGCUCCUAAGAGUAAUUUGAAAAUGAAAUGGGGAGAACAUGCUGCAUUUGCUCAUUUUUGUUUGAAUGUUCACCUUACCAACUAAACAAUUAAGAGAAAAUAAUACAAAUCCUAAUGUAUAAAUGAUCUAGUACACAUACAUACAAUUGUGCACAAAUUAUAAACCAUAAAUCAUGCACAUCUCUUAAAUUUUGCCGUUAUCAAAACUUUGGUAUGGUCUAUUUGAGUUAGGACCUCAUCCAGAUGAAUGGACAGUGUCUGUUGGGCAAACACUAACCAAAUAACAUUUCAAAUCAAUGUUUAGGGGGAGGUUAGUGGUUGUGUGUGUAGGCCACUGCCCAACAUUUACUGGUACUACUACAGUCACUACCUAACCACCUGUAGAUAACACAGGUGUGCGUGGUGGUAGCCACUGGCUGCUGGGGACUGCUCAAUUGGGUAACAUUGCUAAGGAAGUGUGAAAUAUCCAGUCACUGGCCACUGACCAACAGUCACAGCCUGUUCUUCUGGAUGGGGCCUUUGAAACAGUGCCUUUUUCUCAACAGGCAAAAUAAUUGUUUUGCCUUCACAUAUAGCAUACAUCACUAUAUCCCAUGCAGGUUUAUAUAUACAUACAUUUUUCUCAUUUGCUAAUAUCUGCCAAUUCAGUUCUUUACUUGCAUGAACUGAAAAAUUACCAAGAAAUAUGCCUUGAAAAAUAGUUGAGUAAUUCUUUCUCCUGAGUAUGCAGAUCCCAGAAAAGGGGAAGAUACUAGAUGAACUAUUAAACCCGAUACUCUGAAAGUUUUCCCAACUGGUUCAAUUUCAUUUUUCCCAGUAGUUAAAAAGUAUCAAUUAUUAUUUAUGGUGUAUUCAAAAUCUAGUCAUUGGGUGAGAGCUUGGGGCAAGAAGCCCCUGGGAAAGGAAGAUUUAGUUCAUAAGGCAUUGUUUGUGGAUUCCCAGAAUGGUUAAUAGUUAAAAACAAAUGUAAUAAACAUCAAAGGUUGUAUAGACUUGUGAUAAAGUGGUGAAAGUUGAUUAGAAUAAGAGGACAGAGGUUGAAGAAAAUUAAAAGGAAAGGGGUGGGGGUGGGGGG